AUGGUACCAUAUGUCGACGCUCAUUGUCAUGUCACAACCAGCAUUAAACAAGGCCACACAGGCAGCCUGAGAUCACCGGAGGCCCCUUCUGUGCGAUGUGUGAUGUCGAACAACAGCUACGAUUGGCAGCGUGUCAAGAGUCUUACCCAUCAGGACAGCAAUACAAAGAUUGGAUUCGGCGUGCAUCCCUGGUAUUGUCAUUUGUAUUAUGUGGGAGAGAAAGAUUGCAAGUUGACCAAGGAAACGCACUACAAAUCCGUGCUUCAAGGUUCGAACACUGAAGAAGUGGACCAGAUCAUAAGCAGGUUGCCAGAACCUAUUAAUCUGCAAGAGCACAUUCAAGCCGAAUUCGAAGCCACAAGAUGCGCGUGUAUUGGCGAAAUAGGCCUGGAUAAGCUGUUUAGAUUGCCCGAGAAUGGGUUUUUCCAAGGCGACGAGCGGGCUCCCCUAAGCCGUGUUAAAGUGAGUAUGGAUCAUCAGACUCGAGUUUUCAUCGAAAUGUGCAAAUUGGCCGCAAAACACUCACUGGCGGUCUCGAUCCAUUGCGUCAAAUCUCCCAGCCUCAUGUUUGAGCUUUGCAAAAAGCAUCUUUUAACUCACUCCGAUGUCAAUCUGUGUUUGCACUCUUUCACGGGGUCUCUCGAGACACUUACGGGCAGCUGGCUCAAAACCUUUCCUUCCGAACGCCUUUUCUUAAGCUUUUCGAGCUACAUCAACCUCAAGAACGACGAUUCGGCUGCUAAACUGGUCAAAGCGCUCCCAAGAGAGUGCAUUUUGACGGAAACCGAUUUCACCUGGGAUACAGCAGACCCAGCAAGCAUAAUACGCGAGCUGGACCUCAUACUCUCGCAUAUCGCGCACCAGCAUGAUCUACAGUCCUUGCAAGAAGCCAAGGAGCUGGUCUAUAGUAACUUUCAGCGAUUUAUAUCUCAAAACUUGUCUAUUCCGUAA